UAUAGGUUAUGUUUUUAUAAACAAAGGGAAUUGACACGCUUAUUGUUUACAUCGUUUUUUCAUGUUAUGAUUUAAGUUUUAAAAGUUUUAAUUAAUUAUAUAUUUAUUUACAAUGUCUACACCUGCUAAAAUAAAAAAAUUGGACGAAGUCGUAGUUAAUAGAAUUGCUGCCGGGGAAGUAAUUCAACGACCGGCAAAUGCUUUGAAAGAAUUAAUUGAAAAUUGUUUGGACGCGAAAGCUACUAAUAUACAAAUUGUAGUAAAGGAAGGUGGUUUAAAAUUGUUACAGAUUCAGGAUAAUGGAACGGGAAUUCGAAAAGAUGAUAUGGAAAUUGUUUGUGAAAGAUUCACAACAAGUAAAUUAGAGAAAAUUGAAGAUUUACAAGCACUAACGACUUAUGGAUUUCGUGGAGAAGCUUUAGCUAGUAUUAGUCAUGUUGCUCAAUUGACUAUAACUACAAAAACAAAAGAGGAAAAAUGCGCUUACAAAUGUUCUUACUGCGAUGGCGUAUUAAAAGCUUCACCAAUUUAUUGUGCUGGAAAUCAAGGCACUACAAUUACGGUUGAGAAUUUAUUUUAUAAUGUACCAACACGUAAAAAAGCAUUGUCCAGUCCUUCAGAAGAAUUUUCAAAAAUUGUCGAAGUUGUUACAAAAUAUGCUAUACACAAUCCUUCGAUUGGCUUUAGUUUAAAGAAACAAGGAGAAACUAAUACACAAGUAAAAACGCCACAUUCCUCAACGAAAAUUAAUAAUAUACGACUUUUAUAUGGCAAUCUAGUAUCACGUGAUCUUCUCGAAAUUGAAAUAAAAGAUGAGAAACAUAAUUUUAAAUUACAUUCACUCAUGACAAAUCCAAAUUAUUCAAAUAAGAGAUUAGUAUUUCUUCUAUUUAUCAAUCAUCGAUUAGUCGAAUCUUCAAUGUUGAAAAAAAUGUUAGAAGAUCUUUAUUCAGUGCAUUUGCCGAAAAAAACACAUCCCUGGUGUUACAUGUCAUUGGAAAUUGAUCCACAUAAUAUUGACGUUAAUGUUCAUCCAACGAAACAUGAGGUACGCUUUCUUCACGAGGAUUCAAUAAUUGAAAAAAUAAAAAUUGCCUUAGAUGAAAAACUUUCUGGUGUCAGUGCAACAAGAACAUUUUACAUGAAAUCAAAAUUACCAAAUGUCGAUGUUACAAAAAACAUUUUAAAAGAAGUAUUACCCGAUUAUGAUUCUCAAAAAACUGAUAAAACAAAAAAGCCAUACGCUUAUCAAAUGAUACGAACAAAUUCAUCGGAUCAAAAAUUGGAUAAAUUUAGUUUCACCAUUAAUUCGAGCGCUAAAAAUGAGAAAGUAAUUUCUAUUGAGAAUACAGAUGAGGACAAGUCAAAAGAAUCUGAAGAGAGUGAGAAAAAAAUUGAAGAGAAAAAAACAAAAUCAAAGGAAUUUGAAAGUAAUGAAAAUAUUGAAAAUAUUGAGAAUAUUACAGAAAUUGAAACAGACAAGGAAAUGUCAAUUUUGGAAGCAACAAAUUUAGAAACGUCAAACAAUUUAGAGGAUUAUGCAAUGCAAGAGGACAAUUCAACUUGUUUUAUGCUUUCAGAUUCAGACGAAUCAAAUGCAGAGGUGUCGAAAAAUAAUAAACCAAUUGAUUUUGAACUUGAAUCAGCUGAUAGUAGUUUGAUUGCAGAUAAAGCGAUGGAAAGAAUUUAUAAACAUUGGGGAGGGGCGCCAAAAACAAAAGAAAAUAAAGAAAUUAAUAAAGAAAUAGAAAAUGAAAAAUCAAAUGACGACAUUCAAAAGGAAAAUGAAACAAACAAAAAAGAUGAAGAAACACCGGAAUUUAAAUCAUAUUCCGUAAAUAAUUUCAGAAGAGAAGUGAAAUUAAAAAGUAUUCUUCUGUUGAGAAAAAAAGUCGAAGAUAAUUAUCAUUCGGGUCUUCGGGAAAUUUUGUCAAAUUUAAUAUUCAUUGGAUGUGUUGACGAAGGAUUUUCUCUUAUUCAAAGUGGAAUUAAUUUAUACAUUAGUAAUACACAAAGUCUUGUGGAAGAAUUAUUUUACGAAAUUAUGCUCUAUGAUUUUGCAAAUUACGGUGUUAUUAAAUUCUCCGAAUCUCUGCCAAUUUAUGAUUUGGCAAUGUUGGGUCUCGAGACAAAAGAUGCUGGAUGGAGUGAAGAAGAUGGAAAAAAAGAAGAUUUAGCCAUGAGAGUACAAGAAUUACUUUUGGAAAAAGCUGAUAUGAUGAAAGAAUAUUUUUCCAUUGUUAUAGAUAAGAAUGGAAAUUUAAAAUCUCUUCCAAUAUUAUUAGAUCAAUAUUAUCCUAACGAAGCUGGAAUUCCAUUAUAUAUAUUGCGAUUAGCGACAGAAGUCGAUUGGAAUGUGGAACAAAUAUGUUUUCAAAAUAUUUGCCGUGAGACUGCAAAAUUUUAUAGUCAAAUUGACACCGAAUCAGAAAUAUACGAUUGGAAACAUAUGACAGAACAUAUUUUAUACAGCGCAAUAAAAGAAAGUUUACUUCCACCAAAACAUUUUGCACACGAUUCAACAUUACUUCAAUUAGCAUCGUUAACUGAUUUAUACAAAGUAUUUGAAAGAUGUUAAGUAUUUAUUUAUUUUACCGAAAUAUAAAAUAUAUUUUUUAUGAUGAAUUAAAAGA